CCAAGCCGAGCCCGGCUGGUACGUCUCUGCCCAGCAGCCCGAGGAGGAGGCGGCGGCUGCGGAAGAGUGGAGCCCGUUGCUAAGCAACGAACCUCACAGCCAGGGAUCCCCGGGUGUUUCAUUCGGUCUCUCAGUCUUUAAUGUGAUGAAUGCCAUCAUGGGAAGUGGCAUCCUUGGCUUGGCUUACGUGAUGGCUAAUACCGGUAUCCUUGGAUUUAGUUUCUUGCUGCUCUUGGUUGCUUUACUGGCUUCUUACUCAGUCCAUCUCCUGCUUAGUAUGUGCAUUCAGACAGCAGUGACCUCUUACGAAGAUCUUGGACUCUUUGCAUUUGGAUUACCUGGAAAGGUGGUGGUGGCAGGCACAAUAAUAAUUCAGAAUAUUGGAGCUAUGUCAUCUUACCUUUUAAUUAUUAAAACAGAGCUUCCUGCUGCUAUUUCAGAAUUUUUGCCUGGAGACCACAGUGGGUAGUAAUUAAAAAAUGGUCCAUCCCUUGUCCUGUGACCUUAAAGUGCAUCGAUGGAGUGUUCCAGAUUUCAAAUGCUACAGAUGACUGUAAACCAAAGCUCUUUCAUUUCUCCAAAGAGAGUAUUUAUGCCCUACCAACCAUGGCCUUUUCAUUUCUCUGCCAUACCUCAAUAUUGCCCAUUUACUGUGAGCUUCAAAGCCCCUCGAAGAAGAGGAUGCAGAAUGUAACCAAUACAGCAAUUGCUUUAAGCUUCCUGCUUUACUUUGUGUCUGCACUCUUUGGAUACCUCACUUUUUAUGACAAAGUGGAGUCAGAAUUACUACAAGGUUAUAGUAAAUACUUGCCACAUGAUGUUGUUGUCAUGGCUGUGAAGCUAUGCAUACUGUUUGCUGUGCUUUUGACAGUCCCUCUGAUCCACUUCCCUGCCAGAAAAGCCUUAAUGAUGAUACUUUUCUCAAAUUUUCCAUUUUCAUGGAUUCGGCAUUCUCUGACCACAUUAGCGCUCAACAUUAUCAUUGUUUUACUUGCAAUAUAUGUUCCUGACAUUAGGAAUGUAUUUGGUAUAGUUGGUGCCAGCACUUCAACAUGCUUGAUUUUUGUAUUCCCAGGAUUAUUUUAUCUGAAACUUAGCAGAGAGGAUUUUCUCUCAUGGAAAAAGCUUGGGGCUUUGUUCCUGCUUAUCACUGGUACCUUGGUUGGGAGCUUCAGUUUAGCACUCAUCAUUUUUGACUGGGUCAACAACAAAUAAAGUAAUUUUCUAUUACAAAGAAUAAUUUACCUCUGUAAGCAAGAAGGAAUCGUUCUGGAAGGCAUUGGAUAUGAAAAAUUAUACUCAGGGAAAUUAUUACCAGAAAAGCAAGACAGAGCAACAGUAUACACCAGAAAGUAGGAAGUUAGUCAUUUUAAUUUUUACCAAAAAUUAGAAAUACUCAGAAUGUUGUUCUUAAAUGUGUUGAAUCACUGUUUUGUGUGGGAAUUUUGUUUUGCUUUUGAGAUAAGAUCUCGAUGUAUUGUUCAGGCUGGCCUUGAACUUACAAUCUGCCUGCUGCUGCUUCACAAGUGCUGGCAUUAAAGGUGUGCACCUCCAUCCUGGCACAUGACUGCCACCAUCCUGGCACAUACCUGCCAUUUGAGACUUAAAAAAAAAAAAAGUAGUCUUUAUUUUUUUAUUGAGUAAAUGAAAUAAGGGGUUCCAUGUAACUUCCCACCCUAACCUCUAGCUUUCCCUGACAGAAACACCUGUGUCAAUAUAGCACAUGUUAUACCUAGGAAUGCUAAAGGUUGACAGUGGGCUUUGUUCUUAGUCACCACUGAUCUUUUUACCACAAUGCCAUGGUUGGGAUCGUAUAGGACCCUGUGCCAUUUUCAGAUUGACUUUUUAUUAAAUAGCUUGUUUCCUUUUACUACUUAAUAAUAUCCAAUUAUAGGGACAUAUCAAACUUGUUGAUCCACUCACCUCUUCCUACUUCUUCCAAGUUUUGACAGCUAUCAAUAAAGGUGCUGAAAAUGUUUGUG